AUGAAGGAUAAUAAACCAUUCUGGCUGCUUCACGCCUUAGGGCCCCUUGCAGUGAGCGAUUCAGAUGGGGGCGACUUGAAGUGGCUGGGGGCUAUCGUGGAAGACAUAAGUAAUCCCAUGCAAAAAGUGGAUUGGCGCCCAUCCGGCUUGGAGCUCAAGGAGGAUGUUGAUUGGAAAGCAGUACCUAUCAAUGGAGUUCAAGUGCUUUUAGAGCGGGCUAGCUCAUGGUCCCUAAAAGCCAAGCUCGCGAAAAGUAUUGGUGUCGAGAUCGACGAAAGCGGCCGAGUGCAGAGGAAUGCCUCUAAGCGCAGGGUCGUCGGAUAUCGAUUGUUCAAUGAGGAGGAUGCCCUCCAGCGCUUGCUGGACGCUGAUAAUCAUCGGGCCAAGAUAAUGCCUCAGCUUUCGCGCCUGACAACCAAGCGAUGGCUAAUAGUCGGUUUUCUUGUUGCAAAGCCAGCCGAAGAGGAUAUAAAUGGCAAACCCACUCAAGGUUAG